AUGGUUUCCAUCGCAUACCACUCGGACCAGAACAUCUCCGGCAUCUUGACCAUUUCACAUGGCGUGCUGAGUUUUCUGGCUUCCGCUCUCUUCUUGCUCAGACUAUACGCCUCCUGGCGGACACCACAUACGAUAUGGACUGCCGACGUUCACAUUUCUUUGAUAGCCUUGCUGGCAAAUCACUCUUUGUUUGCUAUUGAACUUGCCGCCGUCCCACUUGGUCUUGGGACAAACAUCCAACUGGUGAUGGAAAAUCAGCCCGGGGGCACAGUCCCUCUCUUCAAGAGCAUUCUGGCCAUCGACAUUAUCCACUGCGUAGCGUGCUCGGCCGCCAAGAUAGCAGUUCUUGCCAUGUACUUUCGCCUUUUCUCAGCUUCAAAGGUGUUGCGGUGCUGGGUAUGGGGAACGUCAAUUGCAAUCCUGCUGUGGCUUAUUGCUGUGGUAUUGGUCAGUACCUUCUCUUGUUUGCCUGUCGAGUAUCACUGGGAUAAAUCCAUUCCGGGUACUUGCAUGGGAAUCAGCAAAGUAGGGAUUCUGUUCCCAAACAUCAUCUUCGACAUCAUAGCUAUGGUCCUCCCCAUCAACGAGAUAUGGAGGUUGCAGAUGCCACGGACCAAGAAGGCGGCACUCACCGGCAUCUUUCUGAUCGGUGGCAGCGUCAUUGUCAUCUCAAUCUCCCGGCCACUCCUCUUCUGGGUCUUCCGUCCCGUACCCGGCAUAGCGCACAACGUCAGCCAGACCACCAUCUUCCCCUACACGGCAUCGGCCGCCGAAGUCUGCCUCGACAUCAUCGGCGCUUGUCUGCCGCCCUGCGCGUCUCUCUUCAGGCGUUUCUUUGGCGGCGUCGUGAAUGUUGUCAAAUCGGGACAUCACUAUUCCACCUCGAGGGGCAAAUCCAGCGGCCAAGACUCGUCAACCAAGAGGUCCAGUAAAGUGCGUGCACUCACAAUUGGAAAGGCUUGCAACCGCAAACGAGCCGCCGCCAACGACACGGUCGAUCUCGAGGGGUCUUUUGAACGGCUCGGGGAUGGGGUUGGCUGGCAAGGCUCGACGGACGACCUCUAUGGAAUGGAUGACCUCCAGCGCAGCACAGGGGAUGUCGACGAUUGCAAAGGACGUGAUGGAAUUCGCGUCAGGCACGAUAUUCAAAUUCAGCAUGGGGGAAGAGUCACGGUGGAUGAUAUUAAGAAGUGGCAACGAGGAGAUGUCUUUGACGGAGGAUCUAGACCCUAG